GGGCUGCGCUUGACGUCACAAGGCAGAAGCCAGAGCUGUGUGUUGAAGGAGCAAGCAAACAAGCAAGCAGAGGCAGGAACACAGACGCAGCCUUUCCACACGCAAAGUGAGCAGAAAUCUGUUCAGUUUGGCAGAGCUCUAAUGCCUGGUCCCACCCAAGCACUGUCCCCAAAUGGCGAGAACAACAACGACAUUAUCCCGGACAACGGUACCAACGUGAUCCCUUUCAGGAAACAUACGGUGCGAGGGGAGCGCGCCUACAGCUGGGGAAUGGCGGUCAACGUGUACUCUACCUCAAUAACCCAGGAGACUAUGAGCAGACAUGACAUCAUUGCAUGGGUCAAUGACAUACUCUGUUCAAACUACACUAAAGUCGAACAGCUUUCUUCAGGCGCAACUUACUGCCAGUUCAUGGAUAUGUUGUUUCCGGGAUGCAUCAGUCUGAAGAAGGUCAAAUUCCAGGCCAAGCUAGAGCAUGAGUACAUUCACAAUUUUAAAUUGCUGCAGGCCUCCUUCAAAAGGAUGAAUGUUGAUAAGAUUAUUCCAGUAGAGAAGCUGGUAAAAGGUAGAUUCCAAGACAACCUGGACUUCAUCCAGUGGUUUAAGAAGUUUUUUGACGCUAACUAUGAUGGCAAAGAGUACGACCCGCUACAAGCCAGGCAAGGCCAAGACGCCACCCCGCCCCCAGACCCUGGCGAGCAGAUCUUCAACCUGCCUAAAAAGCCUCACCAUGCAAACUCUCCGACAGCAGGUGCUGCUAAAUCCAGUCCAGCAACUAAGCCCUCAACACCGUCAUCCAGGCCCUCGUCUGCUAAAAGGACACCAGCAAUAGCAGUGCCUGCAAAGGGUGAAAAAGAAUUGGAAGCUCAGGUCACACAGCUCAGUGAACAGGUAAAUUCAUUAAAAGCUGCAAUUGAAGGUGUGGAGAAGGAGAGGGAUUUCUACUUUGGAAAGCUGAGGGAGGUUGAGCUGCUCUGCCAGGAACAGGGACAGGACAGAGCCCACCUUGUCGAACGAUUAAUGGAAGUCUUGUACGCCGCAGACGAGCAGGAAGGGGCAGGCGAACACCAUGAAGACCAGGAGCAGCCAGCUCACGAGGAGGCCCAGGAGCAGGAAGAGUACUGACCGGAACUCUUCAUAGUCGCAGUGUUCAUUUUGUGAGAACUCUUUUUUUAUUUUUGUUUUGUUCCUGAAGAACAAGCACAUGCUGUCUCAAGGUUACUCAAAACUCACUGUUUUAACACAGUUUAUUCAUGUGCUGUAGUGAGAGCCAGUGAAAUACUGAAUUCAGUUUCCAUUGGUUCUACAAGACACAGACACAGCAAACAGUGAGGCAUACUGGGUGUUUUUCUAGGGCUAUGUCGCUUAACCACUCCACUGAGGAGCGGAUUUGCUCAGAGCUGGGGUAAGGGCCUAUGUGUUUGCAAGGGUAUAUAAAAUGUAUUGUCAGAUUGUACAUAACCUGCUUCAAUGCCACCUCAUAUGCUUCUAAAUUCUUUUUUUUUAAUGUAUUCUAUUAACAUAUCAGUAAGUUGAUCUGUCUCAAUGAAAACUGUACACAAAAUGGAUGUCUCCUUUUAAGAAGACAUUUGGGAACCUUUUAUGAAAACUUUUAAUUUUAUUUAUUAAGCUUAAAUACAGAACACAUGAAAUAAAAGGGGAUGCAUCCAUCUUUAACACUUCCAUAUUUAAAUUCACAAGGAAUACAUACAUAUUUUAUACAUAUCAUGCUCUGAAGUAAUCUGCUGCAGCCAAGUGGCUAUACUAGUGAAGUUGUGUAAGAGAUCCACCUGUUUGUGAAUUUGUAAUCACCGUUCCAGAGAAAUAAACUACAGUUUAAUUCACACAGAGGAAUUGGAUGAAAUGCAGUAUUCCAGUAUUAUGUUUGUUUUGUUUUUUUCUAAUUAUGCAUUUGCUAUUACUUUUACUUAAAUAGCUCACCAUCAUGCUUUGUUAUAUAUUACAUGUAAACUGAAAAGUAAUGUAAGCAUAUGUACUGUUUAUAGUUAUAAAUAGCAAAGAAGAAAAACAUAUUGGGGAAGUGUUAAAUAGAUGCAAGAAAUGUCUUAUUCAGAUGUAUUUAACUCCUUACAUUUACCACAAUUUGUUGCAUGAUAGGGUAGAUAGUUUGUCUUUUGAUUAUGUGAAUAACGACCUGCUUUUAUCUUUUUACAUAUUUAAUAAAAAAAAAAAAAAAUGUGUUAAGUGAUAUGCGUUUUAUAAAUGUUAGCCCACCAUUUUUAUUUUUAUUUGUAUUAUUAUUUGGGAUGGUGGGGAUGUUCAUAUACUGCUAAAGUAUAAUGUUUUUUUCAAAUCAAUUUGUCCUAUCCUUGCAAACCCUGUUUUGCAUUAAUAUCAAUUAAAGACAUGACACCAGACUCUAGUGCUAUGUUAAACUAUUGCACACAUAAAUACUAAUGCUAAUGUAUUGCUUAAUUAAUAACCCCCUGAUUUUGUAAUGCCUGAAGAUUACACUCUGGAACGUGUUUGUUCACAGUUGGUAUUUCUCUGCAGAAACUAAAAAAACAAACAAUUAACCAAUUUCUUAAACCUAAAUAUCAGGUACUUUUUAAAAUUCUGUUUGAAAACAAAAUCAUGGUGUCUUUUCUGUUUUUUAUUAUACUUUUUUCUUUUGUUGUAAAAGGUUCAACAUGUAACUUUUUUUGUAUUUAUUUUUUUAUUUAAUUAAUAUACAAAAAUCUAUAGGUAAAGAUUUUUUCUGUAUUCUCUGCUUUAAUGUAAUAUUAAACUUUUUUUUUUUUUUUUUUUUUAAUGAAAACUUGAUUUCAAAGAGGUUCAGAUGCCAGCAAAAGCUUGAGGAUUUUGUGUAAAAAAUGUUAGAUGUUUAUCUGGCCUUGGCUGUGCCUGAUUUUAAAGCCUCUUGGUGGUAGUAGUGGAAUCAGAUUUUCACAUUUAAAUAAUUUGUAUCAUCACAUUUAAACCAUUGUCCCCCAGUCCAAAAAGCAACAACUGAUUAGAACACCUGACAAUCAGAAAACACUAGGAUUUGGAAGGGGCUUUUUUUUUUUGCAGACUAGGCAAAAUUAUACUGUGUGACAACUCCAAUGUAAUUUGUAUGUUUAAAGCAAAACAAUGUUUUAAUAUAUGCAACACUUACAAUAAAACUUACUGAGACCAGUGA